AUGCCUCCUCUGUCCGAUAUCUUCACGAAGCUUCUCAGAAAGGCCAUGGCGGCAGGGAAGGUGCCUCUAGACUGGCUGCACCACCCUCUCUCUCCCGUGCUGCCCGCGCUGGUGCUUAUAGCGGGGGCCAUCUGGCUGCUGGCGCCGCUGGUGAGGCUGUGCAGGAAGGUGAUUAAAAAGAGCGACGCCAAUUGGGAGGAAUCGCGGUCUCGCCACGUGAUGGUGUCGUAUUUGCGCCCGCUCAUCCUCUGGGGCUGUGUGCUCGUGCUCUGCGGAAGACUGCUUUGCCUUGUACCUCCAAACUCCCUGCACCCUCUUCCUCCGCACUCCUCCCCUUCCUCCCCCCAAACCCCCCUCUCCCUCUACCCGCGCAGCUGCUUCCAGCCAUUCUCAAUGCCCACGGAGGCGGGGCAGCUGAUCAAGGACCGUUUUGUCAACUUCCUGCGCUCGCUCUCCACUGUGCUUGUCUUUGCCUUCUGCACCGCCAACCUAACUCGGCAGAUACAGAAGAUGAUGGAGAAGCAGAGCAACAAGGAGGAGACCCGAAAUGUGGGAGUGCAGUUCGUGGGCAACACGGUCUACACGCUCGUGUGGGUGGCGGCGGUGUUUCUUUUUAUGGAGCUGCUGGGAUUCUCCACUCAGAAGUGGAUCACCGCUGGAGGGCUGGGGACCGUGGUGGUGACCCUGGCAGCUAGAGAGAUUGUCACCAACUUUCUCUCCUCCAUCAUGAUCCAUGCCGCUCGCCCCUUCAUGGUCAACGAGUGGAUUGUGUGCCGCAUCGACGGCCAGGAGAUCUCGGGGACUGUGGAGCACGUGGGGUGGUGGGAGCCGACUCUAGUGCGCGGUGACGACAGGGAGGCGAUUCACAUUCCGAACCACAAGUUCAGCGUGAUUGUCAUCCGCAACAUGAGCACGCGCAACCACUGGCGCAUCAAGAUCUACUUUGGCGUCUGCCAUCUAGAUAUCAACAAACUGCCGGACAUCCUGGUGGCAAUGCGCAAGUUCAUAGGCAAGCACCCCAUGCUGGAGCAGCGCCAUCUGCACCGACGUGUGUUUGUGGAGCGCAUCGAUGAGCAGCUGCAAGCCAUCAUGGUCAUGUGCUCAUGCUUUGUCAAGACGCCCUAUUUCGAGGAGUACCUGCGAGUGAAGGAGAACGUCGUUCUAGAGAUGUACAAGAUCAUUCUCGACCAUGGGGCGCGCCUGGCCACGCCCAUCCGCUCAGUGCAGCGGCUGUACGACGAGGGCGAGGUGGCACGGGGAGGGUAUGGUGACGAGGACGAGUUUGACGAGGAGGAAGAGGAGGAGGACUACGAGGAGGAGGAGGAGGAGGAAAUGCGGCCCCCCGCGCUGCUCGUCGCUGCUGGGCUGGGCGUCGCUGGUUCUGGAUCGGUUGGGGGCGCGGGAGGGGGCGGGGGCGGGGGUGGGGGUGGGGGUGUGGGAGGGGGUGUAGGAGGAGGGGGACGAGGGGGGUCGGGAGGAGGAGCAGCAGGGGGAGGAGGGGCUGGUGGGGCUGCGAGGGCGCCUGAGAAUGGGGCGAGAGUAGGGGCAGGGGCGGGGGCAGGGGCAGGGAUAGGGGCAGGGGCAGGGGGAGGAGUGCUAGUAGGAGCUGGGAAUGGGGUAGGCACGGGAGUGGGAGCAGGUGUGGGGGCAGGUGUGGGGACAGGUGUGGGGGCAACAGCAGGGGCAGCAGGACCGGCAGCAGCAGCAGGGGCAGCAGGGCAGGGAGGAGGGGAGGUGAAUGGGCAUGCGAGUGUGGGGCCCAAUGGAGGUGCAAAGAGAGGCGUGAGUGGGAAUGGUGUGCCUGGUGGUGCAGGCGAUGCAGGUGCUGCUAAUGGUGGCCUGCAUCACUCUCCUUCUCCUUCUGCUGCUGCUGCUGCUGCUGCUGCUGCUGCUGGUAGUGGUGGUGGUGCUGCUGCUGGUGGUGUUGGCACAGCUGCCAGUAGUGCUGGUGUUGCUCCCCCCGCCACUACACAUGCAGCUGCUCCCCCAUCCUCCUACCCCCCUCUCCCUCCUUCCCCUCCUCAGUCCUCGCCUACACCCUCCUUCUCUCCUCCCCAAAUCUCCUCUCCUCCGCCUCCCACAUCACCUCCCAUGCAGCAAUCCACGUCACCUCCCAUGCAGCAAUCCAUGUCACCUCCCAUGCAGCAAUCCACGUCACCUCCCAUGCAGCAAUCCAUGUCACCUCCCAUGCAGCAAUCCACGUCACCUCCCAUGCAGCAAUCCACGUCAUCAUCCACACAGCCCUUCAUCCCUCCUACUCCUCCUCCUGGCCCCCCAUCAGCCCCUCCCCAUGUCCCCCUUUCCUCACGCCCCCCCUCCCCUCCCCGAUCACCUCCCCCUGGCCCUCCAUCAGCCCCUCCCGCUGUCCAGCCCUCAUCACGUCCUCCCUCCCCUACCCGAUCACCUCCUCUUCCCGCCUCCCCAUCGGCCCCGCCUGCCUUCCCUUCCCCUGCCCCCACCGUUUCCACUCAGGGAAGAGCCUCUGCCAACCCUGGCCCCCCUGCUCCCUACCCCCCCUCUGCUCCCCAGCCUCCCUUCGCUUCUCCCCAGAAGCCCCUUGCGAAGCCAGCUCCUGCUGCUGCUUUCAGCCCUCCUCCCUCUUCAAGCCCUCCUUCCUCCCCAGCUCCUCCCGCCUCAGCCGUCCCGUUAGCCUCCCCCGUUCCCCUGGCGUCCCCCUCUCCCUCCACCCCCACCGGUGCCAGCCCGCUAACCAGCGGCCCUCCUAGCAGGCAAGCAGCACCCACCACUGCUGCACCCAGUAGUGCUCCGCCAACCGCUGUUCCACCCACCGCUGUUCCCCCCACCACAGCCAGUCCUGUUGCACGGGCUCCUACUGGCCCACCUCCCUCUGCCGCUCCAUCAUUCUCUCCCACUCCUCCCACGCCCAAUCCACCCACUGCUGCUCCUCCCACAUCACCAACACCCAGAGGCCCUGCCAACCCACCUGGGAACCUCAGCAGCAGCCCACGGCAGCCCCCUGCUUCUGUUCCAGCACCCUCUGCCACUCCCCCUUCCUCCUCUGCCACAGCUGCACCUGCCACUUCUCCUACCUCGCCAGCUACAGCCGCUUCUGUCAAUCCACCUUUCACCUUUGCUACUGCCCCUCGCUCUCCCGCCCCUGCUUCUGCAGGGGGAGGUGCAGCAGGGGGAGGUGCAGCAGGGGGAGGUGCAGCAGGGGGAGGUGCAGCAGGGGGAGGUGCAGCAGGGGGAGGUGCAGCAGGGGGAGGUGCAGCAGGGGGUGGUGCAGCAUGGGGAGGGGGAGGUGCAGCAGGGGGGGUUGCAGCAGGGGGAGGUGCAGCAGGGGGGGUGACAGCAGGGGGAGGUGCAGCAGGGGGGGUGGCAGCAGGGGGAGGUGCAGCAGGUGGGGUGGCAGCAGGGGGAGGUGCAGCAGGGGGGGUGGCAGCAGGGGGAGGUGCAGCAGGGGGGGUGGCAGCAGGGGGAGGUGCAGCAGGGGGGGUGGCAGCAGGGGGAGGUGCAGCUGGUGUUGCUGCUGGCAUCGGUGGAGGUGGCGGUGGUGGCAGUGGUGGCACAGAUGGUGGUGGGAGUGGCAGUGGCGCUGCAGCAAGCAGGCGGGAAGUGUUGAGAGAGCAGCGUGCUGCUCGGUGGAGGGAGGAGCAGGCAAGGGGUGGUGGGGCCAGGGGUGCACUGGGAAUGGACGGAGGUGAUGAGGAGGGCGAGGGAGGGGAGAAACAAGGGGGACAGUCAAGCCAUCCAGAGAAGAGGGGCGGUGAGAGAGAGCAAGAGAGGAAGCUGAGUGAGGGUGGGAGUCGUGGGAAUGAGGGGGGGGGGGGUGAUUUGAGAAAGCGGGAGGGAAGUGAGGGUGUAGAGUUGGCUUCUGAUGGGAAACCAGGGGUGGGAGCGGGGAUGGGAGUGGAGGUAGCACCUGUGCCCGUCUUUGCUGCUGAUGUCAUUUCAGCUGGAGCAAUUACACAGCCUGCUGGCACUGGUGAUGGUGGUGAGGGGGGUGGUGGUGGAGGUGGUGGUGGAAUUGGUGGGGAUGGUGGGGUUGGUAUGGGUGGUGGAAAUAAUAAUCCCACCAGCACAAUAGGCAUGAGUGCUUCUGAUUUUGCAUCAGCAGGCGAAGCAAGGAGCAUUGGUGGGCAAGUGUUGGCUCCAGGAGAGGCAGUGAUGCGAGGUGGAGCAGGGGAGAGCAGACCACCGCUACUGGGAGCAGCAGCAGCUGCAAUGAUGAGUGAGGGUGGUAGGCCUUCAGCAGUAGCAGCAGCAAGCUUCUUGAGUUCAGAUUCAGACACAGCUUCAGGGACUGGGGACGCUGGGGAAAGAGAAGCCCCUGGUGCGACCAAUGCUACAAGCGCUGCCGGUGUAACUGAUGUUGGAGGGGGCGAUGGUAGUAUGGGACUUGGAACAAUGGGUGGCACGAAGCAGGGUCGAUAA